AUGGGCGCGGCGUGCGGCCGCGUGGCACCUCUCCGCGUGGCCGUCGUGUUCACGGUCGCGGCCCUCGCUCUGUCGGCCGCGGCCACCCUCUCUUCCUCCUGGGUGUCGUGGCGGGGAGAGACCCUGGGCCUGUGGCAACACUGCCCCGGCGGAGGCGCGCCCUGCACCAGCCCGCCCUGCAGCGGGAACGUCGGCGCGGCGGGAACGUGCGUGGCGCGCGACGCCGCGUGCGCGUGCGCCCUGGUCACGUGCUCCGCCUCGUUCUGCGCCCUCGUGCUGGGGGCGCGCGCCCUGCGAGUCGCGGGGGGCCGCGGCGCCGGGCGGCCCCCCACCUGGACGGCGCACGCCUUCCCCGCCAUGCUGGCCCUCGCCUGCGUGCUCGUAGCUGGGGAGGUGACCGCCUUCCUCUGCUACCUGCUCGCCACCGUGCGCGUGCUGCACCUGGGCUGGGGCUCCUACUCGGCUUUCUCCGCUCUGCUGUGCUGGGCCCUCGCCGCCGCCACGUCCGCGGCGUCUGUGUGCGGCCGCGGAGGGCCCCGGGUGGGAAACUCGCGGUCGACGAAGAGGGGACGCACCGCGGAGGACCCCUCGUGCAGCACCACCACCGUCAACACGACGACGACCACGGCGAGCUACAACAGCGCCAGCAGCGCCACGAUCUUUGCCCCGGAGAACGCGUGGCGACCGGGACCCGACAUGCAACUCGUGGUGAAGUUACCCCGGCUGCGUGUGCAGCAGCAGCCGCCGCAGCAGCAGCAGCAGCCGCAGCAUCAGCACCCGCAGCAACAGCAGCAUCAGCAGGGCAAUGCGGUGAAGAGUUAUCGUGAUGAUGGCGGUGGCGGAGAUAACGGCGGAGCCGGUGAUUACGACAUCGACGAAGGCAACGUGUACGAACACGCGGACUGGCCUCGCCACCACACCUCGACCCCGACCGUGACCUCGACCCGUGCUGACCUCACCAUGACCCGUGUCGACUUCACCCUGACCCGUGCUGACCUCGCCCUGACCCGUGCUGACCUCGCCUCCACCCGCGCCUGCCGCUCGCUGCCCGCGCUGCCGCCACCACCCGGCUGCGUGCGAGGGCCGUGCGCCCGUAAGGCCGAGGGGGUCUCGGGCCCCCCUUCCCGGGGUCCCGAGGGCUGGGUGUACGAGAAUCUGUACGGGGACCCCGACUACGGGGACCCCGAGUGUGUCCGGCCGCAGGGGCCCCCCGUGAGUCAGCGCACGGAGGCGCAAGGCUGGGGGACGGCGCAGGGAGGCACCGCUGGGGACGAUUUGGGGUUAGCCAACGAUACAUACAACAUGUACUACUAGUACUGGCGUGUACCAGUGUACUAUUAGUGUGUACUACUAGUACUGGUGUAUACCAGUGUACUACUAGUACUGGCGUGUGCCAGUGUACUACUAGUGUGUACUACUAGUACUGGUGUGUAGCAGUGUACUACUAGUACUGGCGUGUGCCAGUGUACUACUAGUACUGGCGUGUGCCAGUGUACUACUAGUGUGUACUACUAGUACUGGCGUGUACCAGUGUACUACUAGUGUGUACUACUAGUACUGGUGUGUACCAGUGUACUACUAGUACUGGCGUGUACCAGUGUACUACUAGUGCUGGCGUGUACCAGUGUACUACUAGUGUGUACUACUAGUACUGGUGUGUAGCAGUGUACUACUAGUACUGGUGUGUGCCAGUGUACUACUAGUACUGGCGUGUGCCAGUGUACUACUAGUGUGUACUACUAGUACUGGCGUGUACCAGUGUACUA